UUAAUAGUUUGCUUUAUUAUCUAUUAUAUUGACUUUUUUAUUUUUCACUCCUGCUUGUCUUGGGAAGCUAGCUGGUUUCUCAAAAGGCAUACUCAUCUGCUCCAGUGUCGGGUUAGCUAGCUAGCUUUGCAACGCAGGAGCAACAAAAUGGUUUAUCCAACAUUUGUUAGCUAGCUAUGCUAACUGUCAAUGUAUGGACGGUUAUGGACAAAUAUCGCCUAGCACUAGCUAGACUUACGUUGGAUAACUAGCUAUGUGUAGACGUAUAUAACGUUAGCUAUCUAGCUAAUGAACGUAUGCUAGCUAGACUAACUGGAUAGCUAAUGAGAUUGCUAGCUAGAUUAAUAACCUUACCUAGCUAGUAAAUUUGCUUUAUACGAGUCUGCUAGGACUACAGGCACUUGACAUUUGGCUUACAAGCUAGCUACCGUUAUUGUACGUUAAUGUACGCUAGUCAGCUAACGUAAGCUAGUUGAAAGUUGAUUGAAGAUUAUUAAGCAUUUCCGUGUUUUAUCUACUUCAUAGUAUACACAAUGAAGCCACUUUGUCAGUCAUUAAGCUAAUAUUUUUGUCAAAUCAUUUGCUAAUUCGCUUUAGUGUUGCCAUGCAAAUAUAAUUUAGUUUUAACGUUAGCUAGGUAAUGUUGCGUAGGACGGUCCAUUUCACAUGGGUGCGUAUCUGACCGGCCUCCAGGACAUAACGUUAAACAACUGUUUCGCUGUUUGUCUUUCUUCCUCUGAGUCUUUGAGAAACGCCAGUGGUUGUAGCUGUUACUGGAUUAAUGUAAAACGGAGACUACCCAUACAUUUCUAGAAUGGAAAUAGCUUUUGCAUUCUUAGUUUUUACCCUCUUUCGGAGGUCUGAACAAAAAUCAAGUGCUUGAUAAUGUUGCCUGAACAUGGUAAUGUGACAGUUUUGUCUUGGCAUUAGUUUACAGGUGUCUUGUUUCCUUUCAUGUGGCCUUCGGUUUGACAGAAAGUGUAGUCUUCUGUGAUUCUAUUAUGUUUACUCUGACAAUGAAUUUCCAUACAUGGUCUUCAUCACGACUGAGCAAUGGACCAGUGGUCCACACAUGGCCGGUGAUAAGGAGUUCUGUGACCCAAAAAAAACAACAAAAACGUCAUGCAAAUUCAGGAGUUUUGGCACCAUGGUUUUUUUCACACUUGCCUGGUUGGGCCACUUGGUACAAAAUCAUGAGAAGCACACAAAGCGUCAAGAGGAUGUCUCUCCUGUGAAUUUCAAACUGAAACAGCCAGAAGCAUGAGAAGCUGUUUGAGCAGCUGUGUGGGUUAGGGUUCGGGUUUAGCCCUCGGAAGGCCUGGCCCAGCGUGUCUGUAGAGAUGCUCGCUCUGCAGGCUGGUCUUCAGCAGCUAGGCCUCCUGGACGGUCUCUCUUCCCUGUAGGAUAAACCUGCUGUUUGCCCCCGAGCCCCGCCCCACAAACAAUGAGCUUGCGGUCCUGAACACGGCUGACCGGGAGCCUCCUCAUCUAUGUACCGCCGCCUCUGACCCCCCCUGCCCCCCCCCCACCAAUGACCCAGAGAAUGACUAAGUGCCCCAUCCCACUUUAAAAGGACAGCGAUGAAGGAUCACUGAGACCCCGUUCCACACUGAGCUCCGUGCCACCCCUCCCCCAUCCCCUCCCCCAUCCCCCCAUCCCCGCCCCCCCCUCCCCAUCCCAAUCCCCCCACCCCGGCUGAUGCGUGCAGGUGUCUGGUUCUGACUGAGUCUCCAGUGCACGGUUAGCCCUUUUGCUCUGCCAUGGUGAUCCACAGUUGGAGGGCAGCGAUGGCCUUGUGAUUCCCACCCGAGGUGUCGUGCGCACAACCUGAACCAUGAAUGGAGGAAAAGAGUGCGGGGGAGGGCCGGGGGGGGGGCCGGGGGAAGGGCCCCCCCCGGCUGCCCAGGUGCCUGUCGGCUGGAAGCGCAGGCUGGACCAUAGUGGCGUGGUCUAUGUCAGUCCCAGUGGCUCUCUGCUCUCCUGCCUGGAACAGGUGAAGGCCUACCUGCUGACAGAUGGGACCUGCAAGUGUGGCCUAGAAUGCCCCCUCCUCCUCCACAAGGUGUUUAACUUCAAUCCCAGGGCUGUGCUCAAGCAGAGGACUGCGGAGGACGUAAAGGCUGACGAAGACGUCACGAAGCUCUGCAACCACAAGAGAAAGAUCAUCGCUGUGGCCACCCUGCACAAGAGUAUGGAACCACCACAACCUUCUCUAGUUCUCACCUGUCCAGGGGGUCACACAAGUGCAGCACCGAUGGCCCCCUCGCGUUCUGCAACUCCCCGAGCAAUAAAGAGCAAAGAGCGGGAGGGGCUGUCCCACCCCCCGGGGGGGCUGCCCCGCCCCGCGCCCUCAGACUGUAAGAACCCUUUCCGCGCGCUGGGCAGCCAGCGACAGGGUGCGUCUGAGCUGAGCCUGGCCCAGCAGCAGGAGCUGUACGGCGGGUACGCCCGCACGAGGCUGGGGGGGGCGGAGCAUGGACAGAAGUCCCCGUAUCGCAUGCUCAGCCCCGCCUCCUAUGGGGACGGAUCACCGUCUCCACGGGCCGACCCCCUGGGCAGCCCUGAUCCCUUCACCCGGGGCAACCCCGGUUUCCAUGGUACCAGCAGCCCCAGCCCUAUCCAUGGCAGCGGGCGCAUGCCCCUGUCGCCGCCUGGCGUGCUUCCCCGCGCCGCGCCCUCCUGUGCCCUGGCCGGGAGGACGUCCGUGCCCCUCUCCCCCCCCAUCGCCACCCAGAGCCCCGUCAUGAAGAACCCCGCGUGCAGCUUCCCCCCCAGCGUGGACAUGCCCCGGUCCGUGUUCCACCACAAGGCCCCGAUCCCGCCCGCCCCAGGGCCCCACCCCCACCCCCAGCCCCCGCCCCCUGCCUGCACCCUCCAGAAGAAGCAGCUGUCCUGUGAGAAGGACCCGCUGGGCAUCCUGGACCCCAUCCCCAGCCGGCCGGGCAGCCGCAGUGCUGUGGCGCUCACCCCCGGCCCGCCUACCUUCCAGCCCACCGUCCACUCUCAGGUACCAGUGAUGAAUGUAGUCAUCCCCCCCGCCAUCGUGCCCCUGCCCAGCAACCUGCCCCUGCCCACGGUCAAGCCGGGGCCUGUGGGGCACGGGGGGCACGGGGGCCACAUGCAGCGGCUCCAGCACGCAGCCACUGCGUCCGUCUCCCCCUCCCCCGUCACCCCCCCCGCGCACCUGGCCGGCUCGGGCGUGGCGAGGGUGGAGGCGUCGCCCCAACGCUCCCGCUCCUCCUCCACCUCCUCCGACCACGGAAGCUUCGCCAUGCCCCCCUGCGGCAGCGUGAAGGUCCCGCCCCGGUCUCCCCGGUCCUCCGUGGGGUCCCCGCACCCCUCCCUGCCUUCCAGCCCCUCCGCCAAACCCGACCCGCUCCAGCAGUACAAGGAUGUCCCCAGCCAGCUGCUGGUGGGGAUGAGCAGCUCCAUGUUCCCGCCCAGCUCCACAGGGAAUGGGCCCCAGAAGGGCCCCUCGGGGCUGCUGGGAAUGCCGCUCAACCACAUCCUGAACCGCCAAAACGCCGCCUCCUUCCCAGCAAGCAGCUUACUGUCAGCAGCGGCCAAAGCACAGCUAGCCAAUCAAAACAAACUGACCUGCGGCGGUGGUGGAAAUGGGGGUAAGGGCAGCAAACCCAGGCUGGCGGGCAGCUGUGGGGGCGUGGCAGAUGGGCACAGCACUUUAAACCCCCCCGCGUGUCCUGCCAACGCGGGCGCGCCGCUGUCCGGGAGCGAGGGCCAGAGCGGCCGGGCGGCUCUGCGGGACAAGCUGAUGGCCCAGCAGCGCAACCCCCUCCGCCUGCGCAAGCAGCUCAACGGUGGGGGGGGCGGCGGGGUCUUCAUGCUCCAGGCCCACGUGAGCGGUCCCCGGCACCCUGACCCUGGGGAGCGGCUGAGGACGGGGGCCCGGACGGGGAGCCUCCCCCCCAGCGCCUCCAUGGCCCAGCUCCUGCAGUCCAUGAGCAACCAGAGCGCCCCCCACCCCACCCCGCUGCAGUUUGGGGAGGGGGCCCUGCACAGUGGGGGCCACGACUCCUGCCGUCUGUUCUCAGAGACGGCAAACCAGAUGCAGGUCACUCCCAGGGGGAGCUGCAGACCCCUGGGACACCCCCCACUGGACCCCCCCAACCCCCACCCCCACGGGCUCACUCUCCACCCCCAGGACCCGCAGGGCUGCCGCUACAUCCUGGGACGGGCCCACAUGGGGUCCCCCCUGCCCCACUGUGGUGAUGGGGGCUUGUCUCACACUGUCCUGGGACAGGCCCACAUGGGGUCCCCCCUGCCCCACUGUGGUGAUGGGGGCUUGUCUCACACUGUCCUGGGACAGGCCCACAUGGGGUCCCCCCUGCCCCACUGUGGUGAUGGGGGCUCGUCUCACACUGUCCUGGGACAGGCCCACAUGGGGUCCCCCCUGUCCCGCUGUGGUGAUGGGGGCUCGUCUCACACUGUCCUGGAGUCAGGCGAGGCCCUCAACUGCAGUGUGAACAACCCCAAACUGCGGACCCUGCAGGCUCACAACAGCGGCCCCAUGUUCCAGCAAGUGGGCCAAGCUCAGCUGGGCCAGGGGUUCCAGGACCCCCGCGCCUUCCCCGAAAACCCCUUUCCUGACAGCUCCUCUUCCAGCCCCAUGGCUUGCCUUUUCCAAAAUUUCCAGGUGAAUGUGCCUGAGAGUAUUUCAAACCCCAGCAAGCAGACGAGCGCUCAGCCCAGGGGAAGCUUGCGUCCCGACACGGUGGCAAUGGCGGCCCUACCUCAGCUGCAGGAGAGCCUGCCGGAAUUACAGCCCCAGGGCCUGGGCCCGCCCGCUGGGCCCCACGGGCUCCAGGGCCUCCCGGGGGGCGGGGGCCAAUCGGUGGACUCCAUCUACAGGGCCGUGGUGGACGCCGCCAGUAAGGGCACGCCUGUGGUGAUCACCACAGCGAUGAGUGGCAGCACGCAGGCCAGCCCUGUCCCGGCCCUCAGCGCUAUGAGUGCCUUCACCGCCUCCAUCGGCGAGGCUGUGAGCCUCCCCCACGCCAUCCACGGGGCUGACCCCCCGCAGCGGCCCCACCCCCAGGCAGCCCCGCCCCGCAACAACUCGGAGCAGGGCAAGUGCACCCCUGAGGGGGGGGAGGCCCACAAAUUCUUCAGGUCCCCCAGUCGUGGAACCCUAACCCCCCGGAGGCAGUGGGAUGAGGGGGGGCCGGGGCCGGGGGCUGGGGUGGAUGGUCAUGCAUCCUGGCGGGGGGAGGAGUUCCUGGAGUGUUCCACCCAAGUCCAGAGCAGCCCACACACCGAGAGGGCCAACACCCUGGCCCCCACCGGCUCCCCCCCCGAUCACAAGCACCUGCCCCUGGCACUCCGGCCUGGUGACAAGGCCUUCCUGGAGGAGGGCUUCCACUUCAACAGCUGCAGACGGGCCUCACUCAACUUCAAGGAGCGGCUGGAGCAGACCGUCGAGCACUGCGCCCACAUGAACGGGGGGGGUCCACUCCUGAGCAGGGGCUAUGGAGACAUCCUGGGCCCCCCCAGGCAGGACCUGAUGGCAGAGGACCAGUCCCCAGGCUCCUCCACCAGCCUGGAGGGCCCCCUGCUGAAAGACUACAUGCACUACAACGGGCACUACAACGGCUGCGCACCCAGCCCCUCUGACACCAAGAGCCUGAGCAGCGAGGAGGACCUGCGCCAGCCGGACUCGCCUUCCUCCAGCGAGCUGCUGCACUACCGCCCCCGCACCUUCAGCAUGGGCGAGCUGGUCUGGGGCCAGCUCAAAGCCUUCCCCCCCUGGCCCGUUAAACUGAUCAACCAGGACCAGGUGCACAACCCCGGUAUGCAGAACAGUGCGCAGGACAAGGUUGAGCCGGGGAGGCUGAAAACACUAACAGAAGACCUGGAGGCACUCAACAGAGCUACCAAGAGGAAUAGAAAAGGUGGGAAGUUAAAUAAUCACUUAGAAGCUGCUAUACACGAGGCAAUGAGCGAGUUGGACAGAAUGUCGGGCAGUGUUCACCAGAUGCCCCCGAGAGACAGACAGAUCAAGCCCAAAACCAAGAGGAGGAAGAUCUCUAGAUAACAUUGAAUGUGUUGGUCAUCAGUCCAAUAACAGGCCAUGAACUGUGUACAUACAGAGUCUGAACUUAGGCAACCAGAUCCUCCACCCAUCUCCCUUUCCCCAGUGCUACUAUCAAACAGUGCACAAGACAGUUGAAGGUGCUGGGUAAAGCCAGUCAUAAAACUGCGCAAAUGACAUUUUGCCAUCUGUCUACAGCUUGCUGAAUAAUUAUUUUUUUCAAGAAUACUAAGAAAAGAAUGAGCAAAAAGCCCUGCAUAUGAGAAAAGACAGUCCAAAUAUUUCUGAUACAUUUUCAGUGUGUAUAUAAACAAUGCAGAAAUGUCUUGGUGAUAUUCAGAAAAGAAAUGUAAAUAUUGUACAAUAUUGUCAUGUACAAGCGUACCUAAUGCACACUAUCUUUUAUUGUACAAAUCAAAGCAGAAAAAAGUGUACAAAUUUCUUUGGUUUUUAUUCAGAACAUGGUCAAUAUGACCAGCAGUGUAAACGGGAUGAAUAAAAAGAGAUACAGCCUAAAGCUUUUAUAUGAUUACAUUGAAACAAUGCUGUUUUUGUAUUAAACAGCAGGAGAAAAGGCAUGAUUAUGUAAACCUGUAAACCCUUGAUUAUGACAGACAUGUCACACCAAUAAGUGUUCAUUUAUGUGUGUCUGAACAGAAUGAACUUUACCAGCUGACAGUACUUCUGGGCUUUUCUUGAAACCGGUCACUGCAGCACAGGAAGUAGAGAGUCAGGCUACAUGCUACAUGUUGAUGCACCACGCAUACGGUAGCAUAGCUAGCUGGCUACAUGUUGAUGCAGCAUGCAUACGGUAGCAUAGCCAGCUGGCUACAUGCUACAUGUUGAUGCAGCACGCAUACGGUAGCGUAGCCAGCUGGCUACAUGCUACAUGUUGAUGCAGCAUGCAUACGGUAGCAUAGCCAGCUGGCUACAUGCUACAUGUUGAUGCAGCACGCAUACGGUAGCAUAGCCAGCUGGCUACAUGCUACAUGUUGAUGCAGCAUGCAUACGGUAGCGUAGCCAGCUGGCUACAUGCUACAUGUUGAUGCAGCAUGCAUACGGUAGCAUAGCCAGCUGGCUACAUGCUACAUGUUGAUGCAGCAUGCAUACGGUAGCGUAGCCAGCUGGCAAUACUACGCAAGAUAGUUGCAGUUCACCUGUAGCUUUAAUACGAUUUUAAAAUGUUAGCACGCUUUCUUUUCCUGUUGAGUUAUUUUUAAGCAGUUCAUUUUUUUGUUGUAGUUUUUUAUAAAACGAAAAGCCAUGCCAAGGAAGAGGCCCAUACUUGUACUUCGAAAAGGAAAUAUUAUUUUUCUUGAAUAUUUUUGAUACAACAAAUAUCAGAUAUGAUGUUUACAUAAAGGACUUGUGAGUGUUAGAUAUAACUGCUUUGCAAAAAACAGCAGAGGAUGUUUAAAUCUUUAGGUAAACUGACUUGUCCAUAUGAAUGUCCAUUUGUAAACAGUAUCUCUUUGUCCAAAACCCAUUACACAUUAAUCAAUAUUAUUAUUAUUUUUCUGCCUGUUGCUAUAUGCUUUUCUGGCCACAGUUGAAGGUUUUCUGUGCCAGAUUUUGGGCUGCCGUGUUAAAGGGAACAUCACUGGAAAUCAAAGAGAUGAUUUGCUGUUCCUUACUAUAGCAUGAGUGUGUAUGGAAAGGCAGGGUGACCAGCAGAUAAUUUAUUUUAUUUAUUCGCCGUGUCUACAGGUUCUGACAGCCCCCGUCUCUAAUGUAAUAGGCUUUGAUUUAUCAACUCUCAACAAAAAAGUUUUCCCUAACUGAAUAAUCUCUUUAUCUAUUAACUCUAUAUACAGAAGGUUCUCCCUUUAAUAGAAGCCUGAAAUGCAUGCACAGGUGAUUAUCCUUAAACCAAAGCAAUUUUCUUCUUCAUUGUUUGGCAAUUUCUUAAAAUCUUAGUUGAAAGGAAUUAAGAUUUUAGUUCCAUUUCACAUCGUUCUUGCUUGUCUUAAGAUUUUUGUUCCAUUUCACAUCGUUCUUGCUCAUCUCCCAUUAAUGAACUGUGUAGCUAAUCAUGACCCACGGGCCUGUUAUUGCAAAGCUGCAGUGGAGGUCAGUUCAGAUUUCACUCUGUGAAAGCAAACCUCUGUGCUAAAGGUAGAUUUUUAAAGAAACAUUGGGUGGAGAAAUGCAUUCUGGGCUUUCUGUAGUCUCGGAACUGGGUCAUGUGUGAUUAAAUCAAAGGAAAGGCUUAUACGUAUGACCUAUGAACUGUAGAAAAAAGAUAAGAACAGCAUUCAGUUUUACAUUUUCUUUACAAGUUAUCUUUUAAAACCACUGAAAUGAGCUUCUACAUGCUGCCAUGGUUUCUGAAUUCAGUGCUAGAAAGGCCUGGUCAGCAUUAGACUUUCAUUUAUGAUUUGAAAUUACCAGGAAAGGCUGUACAGUUUUCAUAAAAUAGUUUAGACUAAUUUAUCUUGACCUUUUGUCAAAGUGUAGUUGAAGCUACAGAAAUAAGUAUCCUAUUAUGCCACCAUACACACGGAUCCCUGCUGCCAAAAUAUUGUCACUGGUUUGGGUUUUAUUUUAUUUUUUUAAUUAGAGGCCUUAAUUAUUUGUUUUUAUUAUUGCUGAGGGUGUAAAUUAUUAAUGUAUUUCAUAUUUAUUUGUAACUGUGUAAUUAUAAUAGUUGGCAAUAAUACUAAUAAGAGUUGUAAACUCUGGAAUGCCUUAGAGUAUAUAUAUUUUUUCUUACAAAAAUGAACAGCCUAUUAUUCAGUUAGUUCAAUUGUCUUUAAUUUUUUUCAGAAACAGCUUAGACUUGCAUUUUGUGUUUUUAUAGGAUUUUAUGUUGGACUUUGGUGACCAGUCACCUAACGAAGCUUGUGAAUUCUUUAGAGUGAUGAUCUGUCUCUCUGUCUCAGGAAGACCGUGUUAUUUAGGAUACAGUCUUCUGUGAAUUGGACAAACUCCCAGAUUAACAGUCCUGAAGCAUCUAACACAGUAAAGACACAGUGAUGCUUAAGGAGGGGUUAAGCUCUGGGUAAAAUGGCUGAGGCAGCAAGCAGCCGUAGUUAGGUACUCUGUUAAACCUCAGAGGUGGGGUUUGAGUAAUUCAUCCUCGAGGCUGAGCGUACAGUCCAGUGCAUCAUGCAUUUCUCAGGAAAUCCCCUCAUAGUACUGCCGGAGCAAACUCAUCCCAUAGAUCCCAGGUGGUGAUGUCAUGAUCGUGACUCGAACCCGGGGUUCCCCUCCGUACACCGUUAGGAGGCUGUGAGGCGGCUGUAUCCCAACACUCAUUCUGAACAAAAAGAAAAGCUGGAGAGAUCGCUGGUGAAAACGGGCACCUGCUUUUAACAUUGUGGCUGUGUGGGCACAUGGGAGGGCAGUGUGCCCACCUUCAGUAUGCAGAUCCUUUUUACCCGCCCAUAAUGAAACAUCUACAGCGAAAGGGGCAUCUGUGACAGACAGGGUUAGGGUUGUGUGUAACUGUGAGAGAGUGUCUGUGACAGACAGGGUUAGGGUUGUGUGUAACUGUGAGAGAGACAUCUGUGACAGACAGGGUUAGGGUUGUGUGUAACUGUGAGAGAGUGUCUGUGACAGACAGGGUGAGGGUUGUGUGUAACUGUGAGGGGGAAUCUGUGACAGACAGGGUGAGGGUUGUGUGUAAAUGUGAGGGGGCAUCUGUGACAGACAGGGUGAGGGUUGUGUGUAACUGUGAGGGGGCAUCUGUGACAGACAGGGUGAGGGUUGUGUGUAACUGUGAGGGGGCAUCUGUGACAGAGAGGGUUAGGGUUGUGUGUAACUGUGAGGGGGCAUCUGUGACAGACAGGGUUAGGGUUGUGUGUAACUGUGAGGGGGCAUCUGUGACAGACAGGGUUAGGGUUGUGUGUAACUGUGAGAGAGUACCUGUGACUGACAGGGUUAGGGUUGUGUGUAACUGUGAGGGGGCAUCUGUGACAGACAGGGUUAGGGUUGUGUAUAACUGUGAGGGGGCAUCUGUGACAGACAUGGUUAGGGUUGUGUGUAACUGUGAGAGAGUGCCUGUGACUGACAGGGUGAGGGUUGUGUGUAACUGUGAGGGGGCAUCUGUGACAGACAGGGUUAGGGUUGUGUGUAACUGUGAGCGAGUGCCUGUGACAGACAGGGUUAGGGUUGUGUGUAACUGUGAGUGAGUGCCUGUGACAGACAGGGUUAGGGUUGUGUGUAACUGUGAGAGAGUGCCUGUGACAGACAGGGUUAGGGUUAGGGUUGUGUGUAACUGUGAGAGAGUGCCUGUGACAGACAGGGUUAGGGUUGUGUGUAACUGUGAGCGAGUGCCUGUGACAGACAGGGUUAGGGUUGUGUGUAACUGAGAGACGUCUGUGACAGACAGGGUUAGGGGAGACUGCUGUGACGGUCUUUGUUAUGUCUACAUAAUGGUGUCAGUAGCCUAUCUAUUACGUAGACUUAACUAUCUUAAAAUAUUUAAGUGCACAAACAAUAUGGAUUUUGCCUGGUUUUCACAUCUUCUGUUAUUGUAGAGUCAACCAACACCAACUGUGUUGAAUUAUGUUUUUUUUUAAUUAAUCAUAAAAAUAUCAAGUGCAAUAGAGCAUCUUUAAGAUAAUAUUAUAAUCUAAUGCAAUGUAGUCUAAUACAAGCAUUUUACUGAUUUUCAGGACUUUACAGUAGUUUCCCCCUCAUAAAUCACUCUGUCAGUACGAUAACAAGCGCAUUUAUAAAACAAAUCUGUCAAUCAGUGAAAUCAUAUAAUCAGUGAAAGUUAAAAUUUAAAUUGAAUAAACACCCCACAGUGCACCUUUUUAUCUUGCCCAAGUCACAUGACCACAUCCGAGAGGAGGAGGCUUCAGUCCCACUGGUAAAGUUCAUUCUGCUCUUGUGUUAUGGAGCCCUGCCACAGUCCCAUUUACAAACGUGAAAGAUCUGUCAUUCUAUCUCACUUUCUGUUGUCAAAAUCAGUAUGUUUCUGUUUCAAAUGGUGAAUGUUGUCCAUUGGUUUAUACCAACAUGUUUACCAGUCGAGUGUGUGAUUAUUUUUCUUUGUGUUCUUGUGUGUAUGUGUUUAUAUUUAGGUUUUAUUUGUCCCCUUGCUUUUUAUUAACCUUAUUUGUUUAAAGCUCAUUUUUGUUGUCAGUGUCAUCCCUCUGACAUACUAGCUAAGUUUCUAUUUUCUCACCAAUGUAUACUUUACAACACUAGACUUUGUAAAGUAUUCUUGUGCACUUGAUUUCAUUGGUUGCAUAUAGCAUUGCCGUGGGUGCUAGAUGUAGUGUAUUGGAGUCCAUAAUUUCUUUUUUUUUUCUUUUUUUUUGGACAUGAGUUUGUGUAAGCAGCAGUUAAUGUAAAUAUUGUGAGUAUUACAGGUCAUGCAGUGAUGUAACAUUUAAACAAUGUUGCACCAAUGUUACAAUUAAAAACUGGUCACUCAUACUUGAAA